AUGUCAUCCUCUCAGCCAAAGCCUGGAGAGGACUCCAUCAUAUUUGAGAAAGCAGAAGAUAUGAAGGACAUGUGGCCCACUGAGCACAAGUCCAUGUGGAAGACAGCCAAUGAAAGGCGCAUGUCUGACCUGACACGGGUGAUGGAGUGGCUGGAGCGGAGGCAGGGCAAGAAGAAGCAAGAGCUCCAGACUUCACAAGGCCACAGGAAAGAAAGUGACACCCUCACGUACCACAAGCUCUUUGGCGUGAAGCAGAAAGAAAAACGCCUCAGCGUUGUUCCGGGCAACUACAGAAAGGACAGUGCCAAGAAAUCUGAGAUAGACAUGAAGGAUGUGUACGCCAUAGAGUCUUCUCACCGGGGAAAUGCAUACCGUCGGCAGAGCAGUUUAGAACCCACAUUCCAGGAUGGCUUCUUUUCCCAAAGGAGGAGCACCGUCAUGAGAGACUGGAUGAUCAAAACCCCCGAAAACCCCUAUGAGCACAAGCUGAAGUCCCUGAUGGAGAAAGGGACAGAGCCCAAAAUGGAGAGCAUCAAAAUGCUGAAGCCAGAGGAGGUGUUGAGCUGCAGAUACUUGAGACUGUCCAAGAACAACAUCAAGACCUUGCUCAAGCUGUGCAAAGAUGCAGGGUUGAACGUGGACAUCCACCCCCACAUGAUUGAAGGAGAGAUUGAUGCUAAAAUGGUGUUUUCUAGAAACCCCAGCACAGCCCUUUAA